AUGUGGGAGAGCAGCCACCGGCCCACGUCCAUCUCCAUCGAGGCCCCGCAAACUCCAGCUCCUUCGUUGCAGGCAGUCCUGCAGUUGAGUGUGAAUUUGGCCCGUUGCCAUGGGAAUCAAUCUCCCCCUCAAGGGCCGGCCAACAUCAAUCCGUUGGACCAUCUAUGGGAAGACCUUGUCGCUCUUCCAUCCGGCCAGGGAUCUCGAUUAAACCCCCUCCAUCGGGGUUCACCAGCUGGUCAUGCCACAAGGCCACCGGUGAAAAAUCGCAAAGCAGCUGCCUUGGAAUCGGGGGAAAGGCUGAACGCGGCCAGCGACAGGCAGAAUGAUCAGGGGAACGAGCCAAGUGCUCAGCCCUUUGGCGGGUGGCCGAACUAUGUAACUAUGUCCUGUACAAACAAUCCAGAGGCAACGGCUGCAAUGCGAAGUCAUGCAGCCAGCUGGGUUCCGGCCCAGGUCCAAGAGAGGUUGGGCGAAAAUUUUCGAUGGCGAGAUGGCGAAAAGCCUGUGACAGCACAGCGAGAGCGCAGCAGCAAAUCCUUGAGGAUCAGGAAAAAGUGGACUCCAUCUAUAACUAAUUAA